AUGACGAGAGUAAAUACGUACGGUCAAGCUGUAGGCGACGCCUUGCCAAACUGGCAUCCCAGAUCGUUGCCCGAAAAAACAACAUUGAAAGGUAAGUCCUGUCGAUUGGAGCCGCUUGAGCUCGAGAAGCACGGGAAGCAGCUGUAUGAAGCGUACUCCAAGGCCGAAGAUGAUCGAAUGUGGACUUACGUCCCCUUAGGGCCAUUCCAAGACUAUGCCGAGUACGCAAAGGUGGCAGCUGCAUUUUCGAAUUCGACUACUGCCCCACACUAUGCUGUGGUAAACAACGCUACCGACCGCGCGGUCGGUAGCAUAGCAUUGAUUAAUUGCGACCCCAACAAUGGCUCGGUAGAAGUGGGCUACGUGCUUUUCUCUCCAGAACUACAGCGCACUGUGAUAUCGUCUGAAGCGGUGUACCUGUUGAUCAAGUAUGCAUUGGAGACUUUAAGAUAUCGCAGAUGUGAGUGGAAGUGCGACAGCCUCAAUGAAGCGUCCGGCAGGGCAGCUCAGCGUUUUGGCUUCAAAUUCGAAGGAACCUUCAGAAAUGCUGCGGUAUAUAAAGGCCGCACCAGAGACACUCGCUGGUACUCCAUUACAGAUUACGAGUGGCCACUUGUCUUUCGUGCUUUUAACGAAUGGCUAAGCGAUGCCAAUCACCUUAACGGUCAGCAAAAGGAGAGGCUCGCAGAUAUUAGAUCAAAAAUUGAAAAUGAAACGGCAACUUGA